AUGGAUAAAGCCCAUCCGUUGAGCUAUCCAAUGGUUGUCCGAUCACUUGACGUUAAGAAAUAUCAUUUUCAUCCUCAAGAGGUUGAUGAAGAACUCCUUGGUCCUGAAGUGACCUAUCUCAGUGUGAUUGGUGCUCUUAUGUAUCUUGCAAAUUGCACAUGGCCUAACAUAGUUUUUUCAGUUAAUUUGUUAGCAAGGUACAGUUCUGCACCACCCCGCAGACAUUGGAAUGGAAUCAAACACAUAUUACGAUAUCUUCGUGGUACAAUUGAUAUGGGAUUGUUUUAUUCAAAAGAACCAAAUUCUCAAUUAAUUGGAUAUGCAGAUGCCGGCUAUCUCUCUGACCCACAUAAAGCUCAUUCACAAACAGGAUAUGUGUUUACCUGUGGUGGCACUGCUAUAUCACGGCGAUUUAUGAAACAGACAAUGAUUGCAACUUCUUCAAAUUAUUUUGAGAUACUCGUAAUACAUGAGACAAUCCCAGACAAAAAGUUGUCUUUCCGAGAUCUUUCAUCUCGGAUUCUUUCUUUAAAUAAGUGGCAGUCUUUAGGAGCUCUUCAGAGGUUCCCACCAGAUUCAAAUCAUCAACUUUUACUGCAAUAA